AUGUUUUGCCUGUGCCUGCCUCUAUGUGCUCAGUCCCAGCAAAGAUAUGGAUCAGCGGCAGUCGCGGGAAACGGUCCCACACCAGCAGCAGCGCCUGCGCCUUCCGCUUGGGGCGCAGGCCCUGCGCGCACAGGUGCGCCUACCCCCGCCGCUUCCACCACCCAGCAGCGGCAGCAACAGCAACCAGCGGUGCAGUUGUCGUCUGGCCCGGGGAUUCCAGGGUUCGAAUCCGCGCCUCCGCCUGCGGAUUCCGCCUUCCCCGGUCUCUCCUGUUCCACGUCCGCGGGCGGAGCAGCAGUUCGGCCUGGGGCUCCGGGCGUAGCUGCGUCGGGCGCAGGCGCGCCUGCGCCAGUAGCAGGGUCUGGGGGAGCGCCUGGCGCAGGACCCGCGGGUGUGCCUGCGCCGAGACUAUCGUUUGCCGCUGCCGCAGCGGCUGGGGGGAUGUCGUACGCGCAAAGAGCAGCGCAGGCGCUGAAUCGCGCGGCUGCACCGCCCGCCCAGGCGCAACAGGCGCAGGCGGAGCAAGCGCGGGUGGGCGGAAGCGGGGCGCAGCAAGCGGCAGGUCAAGCAGGGGAAGCCGCCUCACAGGGGAAGGCGGACGCUGCUAAGCCGCCGCAGGGCACGGAAACAGCAGCACAGGCGGGUAGUGCAUCUCAAGCAGCUGUGCAGAAGCAGCCGGAUCAAACACGCACCCAGCAACUUCAGCAGCAGCCGUGGCAGGGUCAGAAGCCUCAACCAGGCCAAUCCGUCGCGCCUGUUCCCCAAACCUCCACCGCAGGCUCGGCAGCAGCGCCGGCGGGGUCCCUCACAGGGUUCUUGUCAGCUGCGCGCGCGGGGCUAGGGGAGGGCGCAGGCACAGGCGCAGGCGCAGCUGGUGGGGUGGGGAUGGACGGGGGUCAGGGGGCAGCGGGCGGGGCAAAGGGUGGCGCAAAGGGUGGGGCGAAACCACCUGCGAAGGCUCCUGGUCCUGCUGCGGCUGUAGCAGGGCCUCCUGCUCUCCCCCCCGGCGUAUCGCCUGUAGCUCUGCAGUUCGGCACGUUCAACCCUAACUUCAUGGGCGCUAGUGGCCCCGUCAUUCUACAACCGGGUCAGCUACAACCGGGCCAGCUACAGCCUCAGCUACAGGGUCCGCUACAGCAGGGCCCACUACAGCAGGGCCCUCUGCAGCCAGGCUCGAUACAGGCUCAGUUACAGAACCAGCUACAGCAGCUGCCGCCUCACCUGCAGCAUGCUGCCAUAGCGCUACAGCAACAGGGCCACGGCCUUCCCCCGCAUUUGCAGCAUCCUGGAUUACACCAGCCGGCCAAGCCCGGCUCAGGAGCAGCAGGAGCAGGAGCAGGAGCAGCGGGAACAGGAACAGGAGCAGCAGGAGGAGCAGGAGGAGGGGCGAAGGGAGGGACGGGCGCAAGGGCAGGGGCAGCAGGAGGGGCAGGGGAGGGCGCAGGUGCGGGGGCAGGGGGAGCAGCAGGAGGGGCAGCAGGAGGGGCAGCAGGGGCAGCAGGGAGAGGUACAUCAAGCGCUACCACCUCCCCUGCUCCUCAUGGGCUUACCUCAACCCCUCCUGGUCUGACCUUCGAAAUCCCAGCCCAACCACCCACCCCAGGUUCCGCCCCCACUACUCCCCACGGCGGACUAGUCUCCCCCGCUGCUGCUGGGGUGGCAGCAGCAGGGGUGGCGGGCCGAGGGAUGCCUAUUGGGGUGGCGGCAGCAGCAGCAGGCGCGCGCCCCCCCAUGGGGUUCCCGCAGCCUCAGCACAUGCUUCCAUCCAUGUACUAUCCGGGCAUGCCUGGUGUGGGGGGAGUGGCAGGUAUGCCUGGGGUACCCGGGGUGGCUGGUGUUCCCCCCGGUGCCUUCCCCCAGCCGCGCUUCUUCCCCCCACAGCAGCCUGGGCCUAUCCCAGCAGGAGGGGGGAUGGUCGGGGGGCCAGGAGGGGGAAUGGGCGGGCCAGGGGCAGGCGGGCAGGGGAGAUUUACCCCCUCGUAUCCACAGCAGGCAGGGCAUGGCGGGGGGUUGAGGCCGCAUAUGGGACAUGUUUUGCCACACCAGCAGUUGCCUGGGGGUGGGCCGGCUGGUAUGGUGCACUAUGCUACUGGUGCCGUACCUGGCGCCGUGCCUGGUGCUUCAGGUUCGGGAGCGGGUGGUCCGGGCGCUGGCGGGACUGGUUCGGGGGCAGGAGAGGAAAUGUCCAUGCCUGGGAUGGAUGGUAUGGGGAGCAUGCCUGUGUCGUCGCCGGUCGGUCCGGGGCCAGGUAUGGCGAUCCCGAACCUGCCUAUGAUGUCUCCUGUAGGCUCGGGAGGGCCGGGUGUUGGGGGGUAUUUGAUGGGCGCGGGUACAGGGUUUGUGAUUCCAGGGCAUGGGCGGGGAGUUGGCAGAGGAGGGGGAAUGGGAGGAAUGGGGGGAGGGGGAAUGGCAGGGGGAAUGCACGGGAGGGGGUCAGGGGGGGGAGCAGGGGGUGCAGGGGGGGCAGGGGGGACAGGACAUGGGGCAGGUAGGGGAAGCGGGGUAAGUGCACAGGUCAUGUCUUCGAAUCGUAUCGUCGUGUCUACAGCUGGACUUGUUCCCAGCGUGCCAUCGCCAGGUUCGGGAACGCGAGACAGGCCCGGGGCAGGUCCGGAUGGGCUGAAGAGGUCCGAGAGUGGCAAGGCGGCAGGGCCAGUCGUUCGGAGCCCAUCUGGUGGUGCUGGUACAGGGCAGCAGGGGAAGGAGGAGAAGGGAGGGAAGGAAGGGGAGGAGAGCGUGGGAGAGACAGUGGUGGAAAAGAAAGAGGAGGGUGAGAAGGGCGAGGAGAAGCGGGAGAAGGGGAGCGAAGAGGCUGCGAAGGAGAGUGCAGGAGAGGAGGAGAAGCGGAAGGGAGAGGAAGCAACUGCAAAUGGGGAAGGGGGCGUAGCAGGAAAGAAGGGGGCUGAGACGGAGGCGGGGGGUGAGGUGGUUAAGGAGGGGGAUAAGCAGGAGAGGGAAGGCGAGGCGGUUAAGAAGGGGAAGGAGGAGGAGGGGGAGGAAGUGGAGGGGAAGGUGAAAGAGAAGAAGGGGGAGGAAAGUGCUGAGAUUGCUCCUGCCAAGGCAGAAGAGAGCAAUCAGGUGGACGAGACGAAGGAGUACUCUCGAGACUUCCUCCUCACGCUUAGAGACUCCCACAGGGACCUCCCAGGCGACAUGGAUUUCCGUUCCUUCCUGCGCGAGUGUAAUGCUGUGCUAAAACCGCCUGCCGCACAAAGAAUUCAGCAGAUGGCGGCUCAGGGGUUCAAUCGCCCUAUGGACGCCCUGGCAGGUGGACCUGGGGGAGGCUUUACCCGGCCAGGUAUGGACGAGGACCGGUGGGCCAGAGGCCCGGGUAUGGUUCCGAGAGGUCCGGGCGGAGGUAUGGACGGAGGGGUGCUGGGCGCGCCUGGAGGUCCGGGGUUCAGAGGAGUGGAUGCGGAUAGAUGGCAGAGAAACCCGAUGCAGAACCGUCCUGCUGCCCCUGCGGGACCCCCGCUGCCUGCGAUUCACAAGACGGAGAAUCGGUACAAGGCAGGGAUGGUCUCAGAUGAGGAGGAGAAGAAGCAGAGGUUGGUCAAGGGGAUUCUGAACAAGCUGACUCCCCAGAAUUUCGACAAGUUGUUCAAUCAGGUGAAGGAGGUGCAGAUUGACUCGCCUGAGACGCUCACGGGGGUCAUUGGGCAGAUUUUCGAUAAGGCAUUGCUAGAGCCGACGUUUUGUGAGCUGUAUGCUAAGUUCUGCCAGGCGCUGGCUGUGGAACUGCCUCAGUUCGGGGAGGGGGAUGACCGGGUGACGUUUAAGCGCACGCUUUUAAAUAAGUGCCAGGAGGAGUUUGAGCGCGGGGACCAGGAGCAGCUAGAUGCAGAGAAGGAGGAGGAGGAGGUGGAGGUGGAGGAGGAGGAGGAAGGGGAGGGAAAGAAAGGGGAAGGGGAGGGGAAAGAUGGGGCGGACGGGAAGGGGGAAACGGAGGGGAAGAAGGAAGGGGAGGAAGGAAAGAAGGAAGGAGAGGAAGGGAAGGAAGGGAAGAAGGAAGGGGUGAAGGGAGGCAAGGUGAUGGUGAAGAAGAUGGUAAAGUUGACGGAGGCGGAGAGGCAGAGCAGGAGGCAGAAGGCUCGGAGGCGCAUGCUGGGGAAUAUCCGCUUUAUAGGAGAGCUCUAUAAGAUGAGCAUGCUCACAGAGCGCAUCAUGCACGGGUGCAUUCAGAAGCUUCUUGGAAACACUGAGGAUCCAGACGAGGAGGACAUAGAAGCUCUCUGCAAGCUGCUGGCGACCAUCGGCCAUAUCAUCGACCACGAGAAGGCCCAAAGCCACAUCGACGCAUACAUGGCCCGUAUCGCCCACCUCUCCACCUCCCCGAAGCUCUCCUCGCGCAUUCGCUUCGCCCUGCAAGACAUUCUGGAGCUCCGGGAGAACAAGUGGCAGGCCCGGAGGAAGGUCGAGGGGCCAAAGAAGAUCGACCAGGUGCAUAGGGAUGCGCGGGACGAACGGUCCAAUGCCGUCGCGACAGCUGGCAGGCAGAUAUUGGAGCGCGGGGGUGGGGGGAGUAGGGGCCCGGGCGGCGGCAUGGGGAGUGGGCGGCGGCCGGAUUUUGGCAUGGAGCCGCCCGGGCGGCCGGGUUUGGCUGGGUCUGGGUCGAUGAGGGGCGGGUCGGGGCUGAUUGGGGGGCAAGGGGGGCCGGGGGGAGGGAUGUAUGGGCGGGGGCCAGGGUAUGGACACCCAGGGGGGAUGGGGGGAAGAGGGGGAGGCCCUGGCGGGUAUGAGGGGAGGGGGGGGAUGGAGGAUAUGGGUCGGCCCAUGCCUCUCCCCCAGAGGAACAUGGAGGAGGGGGAGUUGAAGCUGGGGCCGCAUGGGGGCCUGGGGAGACCUGUGGGCGGAGGGCCAGGGGGAGGCAUGGGCGGGGGGAUGAGGGGGGGACCUGGGGGGCGCGGGGGACCUGAAGUUCCCCCAGGCGCCAUGCCUCCUGAGAUGCGCAGGUUCGGGCCGAGCCAGAGCGAGAGGUUUGGGCCAAGGUUGGGUGAUAGAGACGCGCCCAUGAGGCAAGGCCCUGGCGGUUAUGGGGAGAGAGGAGGGGAGAGAGAAGGGGGGCGGGGAUUAGUAGGCCCUGGGUCAAGGAGUAUGAUGAUGGGGAGAGGAGGGCCUGAGGGGAGAGGUGCACGUGACUUCAAGGAGGUGUGCCUGUGUAUCGAGGAGCUGCAGUCAGCGCAGCAUCACGGGGCGAUAGUGGCGGGGUGGGUGGCAGCAGGGCUGGAUAAGAAGGAGGCGCAGAGGCAGCAGGUGGAAGACCUGGUGGUGCGCCUUUGCUGCGAGCCCAAGCCCGCACUCUUCACGAGCGAACAGAUUCAACAAGGUCUGGUGAGAGUCUUCCAGGAGCUCGAAGAUUGGUCAGUUGAUGCCCCCAAGGCCCCACAGCACGUGGGCCGCCUGAUUGGCCGGCUCGUGGCAGCUGGCGCCGUCCCAUUGGGCGACGUGGCCCGGCUGGUGAAAUCAGGCGGUGCAGAGGAGGGGAGUCUGGUGGAGAUGGGUGAGGGGAUGAAGGUGAUGGCAGCGGUGGUGGGCGCAGUGAGGGGGGAGAAGGGGGAGAAGGAGGUGGGGGAGAUGGUGCGGGCGGCGGGGAUUGAAGGGCCUGAGGAGUUUAUGGAGGAGAGGGCGAGAGGGAGGAAGGAGAAGGUUGAGGAGGCGCAGAAGGCGCUGGGGCUGGCAGGUGCUACUGAUCCGCUGCAAGCAGUGGCAGAGCACCUGAAAGACGCUUUUGCCAAGGGAGAAUCAGCAGAGGCUGUGCUUAAAUGGCUUCAGGCCAACACUCCGCCUGACACCCCAGCGCAGCCUGCUUUCCUGCGCCUGCUCAUGCACUCGCUGCUGCAGCAGUGCAUUGGCGCGAGCAGACAAGACUUCAAGAAGCUACUGGCAGGGCCAGUGAAGAAGUAUGCCAAGGUCUUUCAGGAGUACGCAGCAAAGAAGCAAAAACCCAACCAGGUUCAAUAUCUUUUCGGAGCUCAAGAAUUUGCAGAGUCGUGUGGGCACCCACAGGGUCUGCUAGACGCGGUCUUUAGAACACUCUACGACCUCGAUGUGGUGGAGGAGCUGAUGUUGUUUAGGUGGCAAGACGACAACAAGGACCCAACACCUGGCAAGCAAAAGGCAUAUUUGGACGUGCGCCAUUUUCUUAAUUGGCUAAGCACGGCACAGGAGGAGGGCACAGAGGAAAACGGUGGGGAUGAAAAUGCUUGA